UGUGUAGAUGAUGCCAGAGAUCGCUUUUCUUUAUAUCAAGAUCUACAGAGGACCCCUCAACAAAUGGCAAAUAUGCUGACAUAUGGUACCGCCAAAUAUAAUCGCUCAAAAAGAGAUCAAAAGAAAAAGAAGGCGAAAAGAAGAAUAAAGCAAAGAAGAAGGAAAGACAAGACAGUAGGCAAACCCGAAAGGACAAAAACUAAAAAAUGGAGAGCAGCUUCGUUCGAUGAAAACAAAAAGAAGGUGCCACUGGUUGUCUUCAGAGCUGAAAUGUUUGGCAAAGACCUUGCAAAGAUGAAAGGUUUGAGAUGUGGCGCUGUUGGUAAAUUAUAUCAAAUAUUGAAAAGACGUGAGUCUGAAGGUCAGUUAAUUGUUGUAACAAUUGACGAAUUCAAUAUCUCCAAAACUUGCAGCCUCUGUCUUUCUCUUAGUUUGAAAACUGUUAGCACGUCCAAUUUCAAGGGGAAUGGUGUAGUGUCUUGCCAAAGCUGCCACAAACUUUGGCAGAGAUAUGUCAACGCUGCCCGGAAU